ACGCACAGUGCGACGACGUACACGUGUAUUGACAUAGAUAUACAUAAAUAUAUGCAUAUAUGUAUAUAUGUGUAUAUUUAGAUGACUGUAAAUAAUGGUGUUUUGGGCCAUCGUUUACCUGACAGCAAUAUUUCUGCGCUCCACACAAGCAAGAUCAGAGUCGCAUGGUUACUGUGCCCCAUACAGCGGAGAGAUCUGUAAGAAAUAUCUUGCUGGUAUUGGGAAAGUAUGGUUCAACGAUUCCAAAGACAAUCCUGGUGGAUUGUUAAACGAGCAAAUCACCACGGAUCUGUGGGACGAGUUGAUACUGAGGCUUGGGGAACCAUGUCGUUCAGCAGCAGAGAAAAUGCUGUGCAUGUAUGCAUUCCCAUUGUGCCACGAAUCAGUAGGCUUACCCUUGUGUUACGAAGACUGUAUGGCCAUACGUCUUCAGUUCUGCUUCACCGAUUGGGCGAUGAUUGAAGACAAUAAACAACGAGACAUUUACAUCCGCUCACGUGGACACUUUGUGUUACCAGAAUGUGAAAGUCUGCCCAAAGUGAACAAAACGGUACCUACGUGUUCGCACGUGCAUCUGACUGAUAUGGACGAGGAGGACGUAACGUAUGACUGCAUCAGGGGCAACGGUAGAUUUUAUAUGGGGAAGGUGAAUAAAACCAAAUACGGAUUGAACUGUCAGACGUGGAGCGUGCAGAUACCACACAGCCAUGACAAGCCUCCCGAUGUCUUCCCACAGAUUCGUCACGGCGAGAACUACUGUAGGAACGCGGGCGGUGAUGAGCCAGUGCCAUGGUGCUUCACGACUAAUUCUUCAAUACGCUGGCAACAUUGCGAUAUUCCUGUAUGUGAUAAUGUUACGAGUAAAAUAUUGGACAUUGAACCAAAGGACUCCGAGGUGGAAAUGCUGGUCACACCGGCGAUGAUAUUCAUGCUAUCAUUCGUAGGCUUCGCGAUCGUAGUUGGCAUAUUCCUGUUCGUCUUGUUCAUCCUGCUAAGCCAAAGACUACACAAACGCCAACGAGGCUACAAUCCGACUGAUAAUCAAGACGUGGACAUCGACCUAGACAAGCUACCAAACAACGAGGCCUACCACAAGACGAGCGCGCAGCUGAAUCCAAAGUUGGAGAAGCUCGAAUUCCCGCGAAACAACAUCAUUUACGUGCGCGAUCUGGGUCAAGGUGCGUUCGGCCGCGUAUUCCAAGCGAAGGCGCCAGGACUGGUGCUGGGCGAGGAGUUUACCAAUGUCGCCGUGAAGAUGCUGAAAGAGGAGGCGUCGGACGACUUGCUGGUGGACUUCGAACGCGAAGCGUGUCUGCUCGCCGAAUUCGACCAUCCAAACAUUGUGAAGCUGCUUGGCGUGUGCGCGUUGGGACGACCCAUGUGCCUGUUGUUCGAGUACAUGGGCCGUGGCGACCUGAACGAGUUCUUGCGUUCUUGUUCGCCGAGCAGCUACGUUAUACGCAGCACACAGGACCGUGAGGAUGGCAAUGCGAUGAACUCACGACUCUCGCACAUGGACUUGAUCAACAUCGCGCUGCAGGUAGCGUCCGGCAUGGUGUACCUGUCCGAUCGGAAGUUCGUGCAUCGCGACCUCGCCACGCGGAACUGCCUGAUAAACGACCAGAUGAUCGUGAAGAUCGCGGACUUCGGCCUGUCGCAGAAGAUCUAUUUGCAGGACUACUACAAGGGUGACGAGCAGGACGCCAUACCCGUGAGGUGGAUGCCACUAGAGAGCAUACUUUACAACAAGUACACCGUUGAGUCCGACGUGUGGGCGUUCGCCGUGUGUCUCUGGGAGAUCUUCAGCUUCGCGCUGCAGCCGUACUACGGGAUGACGCACGAGGAAGUGGUCAAGUACAUCAAAGAGGGCAACGUGCUGCGCUGCCCCGACAACACGCCGCAAUCGAUAUACUAUUUGAUGAAGCUCUGUUGGAAUAGGCGACCAUCCGAUCGGCCUACCUUCCGCACGAUCUACCAGACCCUCGACGGCAUCAAGCAUGAACUGGAGGCAGAAAACAAGUCGGACAGCGUCCCGCUGCGCAUCCGCGUGUGAACGAUCAGGCUGACGAAGAAAGAUGACAACAAUGAUGAUGAUGGUGGUACCGGCCUCUCUCUUUCUCUCUCUCUCUCUCUCUCUCUCCCCCCCCUCUCUCUCUCUCUCUCUCCCCCUCUCUUUUACUCUCUCUCUAUUUCUCUCAAUGACGGCGCUUCAUCGAUUAAGAGUAAGCGACAUCACUUGUGUGUGCGUGUGUGCGUGUACCUACACUUCACGAUUAUACAUUUUCAGGUAAGUAACUUCGUGUUGUACUAUAAAUGUGACAUGGAAUGCCUUCUUAGUUGGAUUCGCCCGGCCCGAUCGGUCGCGAAUCGGUCGUGCCGCGUCGCGCGGGAUGAGAAAUGGACCAAUUACACGUGGAAAACUUGCGAGACGGAGAACGCGAUAUUUGCACGAUGCGUUAAUAUUUUUUUCAAGAGCAUUUUUCCGCUACUUCUUCUUAUGAGACUGUCGUCUGUCUGUUGAUCUGUUCGUUUCAGCUGCACUGCUGAACUGGUGCAAUAAGUUAGAGCGAGAAAAAAUAUACUUGUCUCACUUUAACUUAUUGCACCAGUUCAGCAAUACAGCUGAGAGAAGAACAGACCACGUAUUAGGACGCGAUGCUAUCCUUUCAUUCUCUCGGCCACCCACCGUCUUUUUUUCCUUUUUGGAUAUCGCGUUAUCAAGUCUAAAUUGUUUUUCACUCGUUCGUUUCCACUUGACGUUCGAUUACGCUUCCAAUUACGCAUCCGGUGGUAUUAAGCAACGCUUUUCCAAUAUGUGAGGUAUUACCGAGUCUGUGCAAAUAUAUAAAAGUGGUGUGGCUAUAAAAGUGCAUUUACAAUUAGCAACGUUAUGCAGGGUGAUUUUCGCGAGGCUCCACCGGUGAGACAACUCCUAGGAUCGUUGUAAGUGAAGAAGUUUGCGCGAACACGGGUCCGGCUUUUGAAUAUUUCGAAAUAAUUUCUUCACUCAAAACGAUUCUACCGGUAGGGAUUGACUUCCGAAACGUCGAUGAAAUUUUCGCGCGAAUCGCCCGAUAUUUAGAGGCUCCUUCAUUGUUAGACGUUAGGUUGUUAGAUCGUUCGCUGUACCAAAAAAGGGGGAGGAAAACGAUACAGAUAAAUGAAACCUAUUUAAUGUGCUGAAAUUAACGAGAGAAGAAUUAUGAGGAAUGUUAAGCAAUAGCGAAUCAUUAAAUGAAUGUAUGCACACUGUGGACUUGUUAUUAAUUAAGAAGAUGCAGAGACGCAUCACGAUGUUCCGCUACAAGGAUAAAACGGUGUCGCGAAAUCUCUACGAUUUCAGAUUAUGUAUUCAGCGUUUGCCGCGCAUGUAAUCUUUUUGAUAUCGUGUAUCAUUAUUUAAUACGUAAUAUACUUUGUAAAGAUUUUUAAACGAAUAGCGGAAUUUUGUAUUAUGUUGGAUCGAGUCACAAGUAACUUUAUCGAUUCUUCCUACAAAUUUUUGUAUAAAUUUUUAUUUAAUUUUAUAUUAACAUCUCUCGCAAAAACAGCAAGAUAUUUGGAAUACGAGAUGUAAUUUUUAAUCAAGUUUCACACAUAUAUCCCUGUGUACAUUUACAAUUCUGAAUUGAAUAUCCUGAAUUACCCAAACGUAAUUCAAAUAUAAUUAUUUUGUAAAAUUGUUAACAUAUACAUGUCUAUAUGUUUUACAUAUUUAUAUUUGCUUGUGUCUAUAUGUUUUACAUAUUUGUAUUUGCUUGUGUCUAUAUGUUUUACAUAUUUAUUUACAUUUAUUGUUUUCUUUAUAUUUAUUUAUAUCUGUCAUUAUAUAUGUGGUUACUUGUGACUCAAUCCAAUAGUUUAUAAUAAAAGCUCUAUGUUGUACCCUGCAUUGCGAGGGUGUACGGGGAAAAGUGUUCCCUACGAAAGAAAGAAAAAAAAAAAAUAAUUGCGUCCACUUAGU